CAGAUGAGGUGGGACACACACCAUCUCUCUCCGACUAUAAAAGACUUCGACAAUAAGGUGUCUGAAGCCGACGCGUAUCUACAGCUUAUGAUCGAUCAAACUAAGGUACUCUUGGCAAUAAUGACUCUGGUGAAGCUCCGGACCUAAUUCAGAACUAUUUACUCCAAACACCGACAAGAAUGUAUUUUCACACACAUCUUCACUGAUUAGUAAUUUGAAAUUAAAAUAUUCGAAGUACACAUACUGAAAUGCAAUAAAUCA